AUGUCAGACUCAGAAAACCAGCCAGCCGCUGCGCCAGAGCAGCUGGACGACGCCCCCACGCCCGCUGAGCCAGCAGCCGCCGCCGCCGCGGUAGGUGUCAACGGGGACGGAGAUGUCGACGGCGAAGACGCGGAUGUGCCCCAGCUCGAGGCUGGCGACGGCGAAGAAUUCGCACGUAAUGGAGCCGUAGACGCCAGAGACGACGACAACACCACGCACACGCCGACGAGGCAGAAGCAGCAGCAGCAUCUCGCGCCGCCAGAGGAAGGCUACGAGCUCGGCUCUGUCGACGCCGACUUGGUCGACCUCACGCCGCGGCGGACGGGCAGCCCGGUCGACUCACUCGUCUCUGCACAGUGCAUAUCGCCCUCGAUACAGGGCUCCCGAAUAUCCUCCCCCGGCAGCAGCGUUCUCCCCUCCGUCGCCUCCCGCGCGUACCUCAACAGCCCGACGCCGUCCUUUCGCCCCUUUGACCGGCGCUUCUCCUCGCGCAUCGCCUCCCCGAGCCUGCACGGCGGCCUCGGCAGCCCGCGCUCCCCGUCCCCGGCCUUUCUCGGCGGCGGUGGCCACUCCCGCAACGUCUCCCUGAGCUCGCACUUUCCCGCCGACGGCCCGGACACGGAGACGACGACGCCACCCUGGGAGGUGGUACGCUGGACGCGCCUGCAGAAGCUCAACGGGCAGGCCUUUUCCGAGUCGGCGCGCCGCAACUUUGGCUCGCCGACGUGCCUGGCCGUCUCGGCGUCGAUUGUGCUCGGCACCUCCAAAGGCAUCAUCCUGGUCUUUGACUACAGCCAGAACUUGAAGCUCAUCAUCGGCCCCGGCACAAAGGCCGUCGAGUCAGGCCCCGUUACCGCCGUCGCGGUGUCGGCGGACCACACGACCAUUGCGGGCGGCCACGCCAACGGAGCCAUCUUCACGUGGGACACGUCGCGGCCGUCGAGACCGUUUCUCACCAUACCGCAUCUGGAGCACAAUGACGCGUCUCAUCGCACGACGGAUGGACACGUUGCGGACGUGUCCGUCAUUCACCUUGGCUUCCUGGGCACGCGGCACACUGCUCUCGUCUCGGCAGACGACCGCGGCAUGGCUUUUUCGCAUCUGGCGACCAGAGGCACGGGAGCGCUGGGCCGGACCGUCAAGACGACGAGGAUACUCGGCCGCUACCCUGACGCGCCGAAGCCAGUCGGCAAGCCCGUGAAGCCAAGCACCGUGCUUGCGUUUGCCUCGUUGCCGCUGGGCAACGUCGAGUGCGCCACGGACCUCAUGGGCUUGACCGCCAUGCUCACGCCAUAUUUGCUCGUCAUCGUGUCCACCACGCCUGUUGCACAGACCCAGCAUAAAUCAGCGCGUCCAAAAGACGUCCCGGCCCACAGCACCAUGACAGGGUGCCUGGCUUGGUUUCCGGCUGUGAAGCUGAAAACGCCAGAUGCUGUCACUGGGAGCGAUGUGUCUAAAGUGAAGCUCGCGUACUGCUGGUGCAACGUCCUGACCGUGCUGGACGUCACCGAGGUGCCCAGCGACGAUGAGAACCAGCCGCCGAGCCUCCGCUUCAAGGCGCGCAGCAGAUGGAAGUGCGAGGAGGCCAUUGUUGCGGUGCAGUGGCUCAGUCGAUCUGUCAUUACUGUGCUCACCGUCUCGCAGCGCCUCAUUGUUCUCGAGGACAGGACCAUGCGAAUGACAGAGGCAUUCGACCUCAUGCAGCGCUACAUGUACCACAAGGACCUCUACUCGAAACAGCUGCAUAAUCUGGUGGAGCGGUUAGACGAGGAGGACCCUUCGAUGCACGGCGUGGUAGCAGACGCUUUCUAUAUGAGCUUCAAGGCGUACAAGGGCAGGAUAUUCAUCCUCGGAUUUAAUGAAAUUUCACUAGGUGCUCUUUCCAACUGGGCAGACCGGCUGAUUGCCAUGAUGGAGCAUGGGGACUACAUCGGGGCUAUCCAGCUGGCCACGUCUUAUUAUACGGGCGACGCAGACAAGCUGACCGUUGGGCUACCAGAGGACCAAUCACAACGGCAUAGUAUGGUCAAAGGUAAGGUCCUGGAAAUUAUCAGCGCCUCUCUGAAGUACGCAUUUACGCAGCGACAAAAAAAUAAAAAUGCUGCGGAUGAUGCCCAUCUGAAGCAGCUCGCCGAAACUUGCUUCGUGGCCUGUCUCAACAUUGGCAAUACUGACUUUUUGUUGGAGGACAUGUUUGAGUGGUAUGAGGACGCCGACGUCUCGGGUAUAUUCCUCGAAGUGCUCGAGCCGUAUAUCCUGGACCGAUCCAUUGUCUUUAUUCCGCCUGUUGUGGUCAAGGACAUGGUCAGUCAUUACGCAGCGCAAGGCUGGGAGAGCAGGCUCGAAGAAAUGAUCUGCCACAUGGAAACGGCGACGCUGGAUCUCGAUCAGAUAACACUGCUGUGCAAACAGCACAGUCUCUACGACGCCCUUACGUAUGUCUGGAACCAGGCCAUCCGCGACUACGUGACCCCGAUGAUUGAGCUUCUCAGCCUGCUCGUGCCGAUCAUGGCCAAUGGCAACUUUGCCGGCGAGACUGUCGGCGAGGACUACUACAGCAUCAACGCUGUCAAAAUAUUCCCCUAUCUUUCUUAUACACUGACGAGCCGAAUAUAUCCGAACGGCGAGCUCAUGGAUGACGAUGCAUCGAUUCAAGCUAAAGCGGAGAUAUACUGGUUCUUCUUUUCCGGACAGACAAUAACCUGGCCCAAAGGCAGUGGCAAGGCGUUCCUCACGCGCCCUGGAGAUGACUACGAGCCUUCCUUCCCUUACUUGAGGCUUCUCUUGCACUACGAUGCACCGAGUUUUCUGAGUGCGCUCAACGAGGCGUUUGAAGAUCCUUUCCUCAACGACUCCCCAGAUAAAAAGACAAACGGGGCUUCACCAGUGGACAUGCCCGAGGAACAAAUCUUUGGGCAGACAAUCAAUCGACAAUAUAUCCUGUCUAUUCUCUUGGAUGUCAUGAACCCCGAAGAUUUUGCCCCGACGGACACCAUAUACCUGGACAUGUUUAUAGCGAGAAACUUGCCCAAAUUCCCACAGUACCUGCUAUUCUCUGGAUCGACCUUGUCCAAAGUGCUUGAGGGUCUCUGCAACUAUCCGGGUCAAGACUUGGCGGAGGAUGCGCAGCUCAGUGCUGAGUACCUGCUUUCCGUCUACCACCCAACAGACAUGACUGCUCUACUGCCGCAGUUCAAAGAGGCCGGCUUUUACCGCAUCCUCAAACGCGUCUUCAAAGCCGACAAGCAGUUUGGCAUACUAAUCCGCACAUACUUUGAGGAUCCCGACGACCAAGACCAAGUCUUUGAAUGCCUCGCCGGCUGUCUGCGCCCUACGACCAAAUUGGGCUUCCAGCAGCGCAACGCUAUCCACGAAGCCAUUCUCGACCACGCAAAAGACUUGCUGGAACUGAGCCCGGAAAAGUCUGCCGUGGUGCUCGCCGGACAAACGACUGAGAUGCAAAAGCAAGUUCUCGAGAGCGCAUCUGAUGCACCAGAUCUGCAAUUUGCCUAUCUCAAGACGCUGCUGGACUCUGAGCGCGAAAAGCUCCCGGAAGAGCAGCCGCCAGACCGCCAUCUCAUCGAGCAGUAUGUGCGCCUAAUGUGCACCUUUGAGCCGCUGCACGUGUCAGAUUACAUCAAUCGUGUUCAAGCGGGCGAUCUGAGACUUGACCAAGUUCUGCCUACCAUGGAAGAGACUGGCGUCGUGGAUGCUGCGGUGGCAAUCUUGACGCGCGAUGGACUCGUCGAAAAGGCCAUGCAGCGACUGAUUACGCACUUUGGCACGCUUGAGUCGGCGCUCCAAGGUGUGCUGUCAGGCGCCGCAGACUGGCAGGAAGACCCCGUCGACUUGCAGGCAUCGAUUGAAGAACUGCUGCAGGGCUUACAGAAAUACAUCUACGUCGGUAUCUGGCUCUGCCAAGGACAGCAAAAGCCAGCGAAGAGAACCAAGCAGGUGCAGAAAAAGGCAAAAAACGCCCCGGCGGCUCUUAGCACGGACGAGGCACUGUGGCUGCAACUGAUUGAGGCAGCCGUCAAAUUGACGAAGCAGAUCUCACCAGAAAUUCAAAAGGCCGUCGCUGAUGCUGAGCUAGACGGCGAACGGCUCUUGACGCUGCUGCGAUCGCUGGUGCAGCAUACCUUUACCGCUUUACUCGCUUCUACAUCCGGUCAGAGCCCGGGCCAACCGACUUCUAAGCUACUUGCUGCUGGCGGCACUAACCUUUCUUUCCUGAGGGUCCUCCGUGCCUUUCUCGCCAACGCUGCUGCAUCAUCCCCGAACCUGGCCGAUUUGCGUGGCGUGCUUGCCUCCAUUUUUUCCGCGUACGCCUAUGAAGAAUCUAUCCUCCGGCUCUCCAAUCGAUUGCUGGAGAGAAGUCUCUUUGUAAAUGUCAGCCAGUCAGUGGAGUUGCGCCAGCGAGGAUGGCGCCCCCGCGGAUCGACGUGCGAGCACUGCGGCCGCCGCGUCUGGGGUCCGGGCGUGGCCGGCGGCGCCGUCUUUGAAGCCUGGGAGGCAAAGCAGACCGUGGAAGAUGCCAGGCGCCUCGAGCAGAAGAGCCGCGCCGGAGGCGAGGCGGGCGCGGAAACAGACGGCAAGGGUAAAGGCAAGAGCUUGGAUAUGCGACCGGCGAGCAUGCUGCUUGAGGAGCAGCAGCAGCAGCAGCAGCAACAGCACGACAGGGACCAGAAAGCAGAUGCGAUGGCUGGCGGAGCGGCCGCGGGGAAGGAUCCUCCGCUCGGCCCGCUUGUUGUGCUGGCGUGUCGGCAUAUAUACCACCAGAGCUGUCUGGAUGCGGUGCAGGACAAACAGGAGAAUGGCACGGGACCUGCGCGUGAUGGCGAGUACCGAUGCCCCAUUGAUGGGUAG